GACCUUUCCUCCGCAAAGCCUUCACUCGUUCCUUCUUGUUGCCUGCGCUGCCCUCCCCAUCGUCUCAACCUAUCGAUCACCGUUAUUCGCUGUUAAAGAAAUUAUUGAGCCUUGUUCGUGACUGCUUGAGUCUUUGCGCGGGAGGAUCGGUCUGAAUUAACCUGAGCAGGUUACUACUCCAAACCCUUUCAUAUUAUGGCAUCUCCACCAAAACCAUGGGAACGUGCCGGUUCAGCGGUUGCAUCUGCCCCAGCACCAUCGCCAGCGCCCACACCAACAACGUCGAUGACUCCAGCCAGCGCUGCAGCUAAUGCAGCAGGAUCCUCCUCAUCCGUCCCGCCUUCAGUCCCCACACGCCCAGCAGCUUUGUCCAGUCCAUCUGCGGCGCUCGCCGCUCCCACCGCAGGUUACAACUCCGCCUAUUCUUCCUACAGCCCUUACAACCGCUAUGGCAGCUCCUAUGGCAGCUCCUACGGCAGCUCUUACUCACCCUACGGCGGGGCGAACAGCAUGUACGGUGGGAUGGGGUAUGGCGGAAUGGGCGGAAUGGGCGGGAUGGGAGGGAUGUACGGCGGCUACGGCUCAUACGGGAUGAACAGCAUGUACGGCGGGAUGCCAGGGUACGGGAUGCCCGGGCCUGGCGGGCCCCUUGAUCCCACGCAGCCGACGCUCACGCAGGCCCUCGAGAGCACGACGCAGAAUACGUUUGCGCUCCUACAAUCUAUUGUGCAGACAUUCGGAGGCGUCGCGCAGAUGCUCGAGAGCACGUUCUUCGCGACGCACUCGAGCUUCUUCGCCAUGGUCGGCGUCGUCGACCAGCUCGGACAGCUGCGCGCUGCGCUGGGCAGCGUGCUCGGGCUAUUCGGUCUCGUGAGAUGGUUGAGGGAUUUGCUGACGGGCCAACGCAGCGGGGCUGGUGCGAUGCGGGGGGAGUUUAGGGACUUUGUGAAUGGGCGGCCGGUCACGCCGCAUGGACAACUGCCAGCACCAAAGGCCAGCAAGAAACCGCUUGUCAUCUUCCUUCUCGCCGUCCUCGGCGUGCCGUAUGCGAUGCAUAAGCUCAUCAAGGUGCUUAUGGCGCGCCAGCAGGCGCUGGCCGAACAGCAGGGCGGAGCGCUGCCACCGCUCGACCCCUCGCAGCUCACGUUCGCUCGCGCUCUAUAUCCGUUCGAUGCGUCGUCACCUGCGGAGCUGUCCCUUAAGGAAAACGAAAUCGUUGCUAUUAUGGGCAAGCUGGAUCCUGCGACCGGUGCGGAGGUGGACCCUCGGCUGGAGCUUGAGAGUGAGUGGUGGAAGGGCCGGACGCGGGAUGGCCGUGAGGGCUGGUUCCCGAAGAAGUGGGUGCAGGUCUUGGAACGGCGGAAGCCCAUCGAGGCACCGCCACCGACCGCUGAAGGGAAGAAGGUGGAGUGAGAUGUGGGGUUAUGUGAAUGUAGUCUCUCAUUUCGUUCAUCUUGGUCAUCUGUUGGUCCCUUCAUUUAGGCUCCCUGUGCUGCUGCGUACUCAUCGUUGUGUUGUUAGUUUUGGAUUUAUGAUCAUCAUGUAUGCAUACCCUUUACACUAUCUAUGGCAUGUUCUCUCGCGAUGACUCUUACCUAGGAGCAUAUUCUCAUUCUGUAUCCUCCUCUGACCUAUUCGCUGACUUUUGGUAAAGACUGCGUGCGCCUUCUGUCGUACUGAUAAUCCUUCCAGCUUUUGUUCAAAACAUCGCAUACAAGAUACAUUGACUGGUACGAUUUACACCGAUAUAGACUUCGAUUUGCC